GUGAAUUUAAUGUCAGGGAAGACGAGCACACAGAACAGCGGCUUGAGGUCAACGCAGUCAUUGCUCACCCGCAUUUCCAGCGCAGAAAUUACGACAACGAUAUUGCGGUCCUGCAAUUGAAGAAACCUAUGCAGUUCAACCAGAACAUUGUGCCGAUCUGCCUGCCCCAGAAAGACUUUGCAAACAAGGUGCUGAUGAACUCACCGAAUGCCUUGGUCAGUGGUUGGGGCCACGUCGUUUACCAUGGGAUGUCAGCUGACAAGCUCCAGCGCAUCAUGGUGCCAUACAUUGAUCGGACAGAAUGCGUGGAGUCGAGCAGGCACCAGGUGUCUCCGAACAUGUUCUGCGCUGGCUACAAGAACAAGAGCAAAGAUGCUUGCCAAGGGGACAGUGGUGGGCCCCACGUCACAGAACACAAGAACACCUGGUUCUUGACUGGCAUUGUCAGCUGGGGAGAAGGAUGCGCCCAGCAGGGGAAAUAUGGCAUCUAUACAAAGGUGUCGAGAUACCUCAGUUGGCUCAAACUGAUUAUUAGACAUGUAUCUACUAAUCAAAACAGGGAGGACACCCUAGAGCUUAGUGAUAGUGCCCCUACCCAUAAGCCAGAAGCUCUGCGCUCAGGUUUGCCCCCACAAGAACAUGCCAGUGCUCCCAACCACUAACCCAUCAUUGCUGAAAUAAUGAUCACGCUUUAAUGGAUCCUGCAGAACCAAAUUCAGGUUGCACCAACUCCACAAAAUCUCAGUUGUCCUCAGACUAGCUUAUCCACCUUGGACCGAUAUCUUAGCAGUCAUCAUCGUGAAUAUUGUUCGAAAGUAACAACAAUCUCUGAUGGUCAGUCGCCUGCGGUGCAAUCAGGGGGUUGCUAUCCGGGAUAUCUUUUUCAUCUCCAUGGAGUGGCUGCUGCAGUCUUCUCAUUUUGGCUGAAAUGACAAAACCUUUGGAUCUUGACACACUGUUCUCACCUCAUAGAAACAACAUUUUAACUAUCAUGCCUUGCUAGAUGGGGAGAGGUGGGGCAACUUGAGUUUUUAUAAUGUACAAAGUACUAAUUUCUUACUAACCAGCUUGCUAACCCUGAAGUAUUAAUUUUAUAAGUGUGGAUUCUCAUUCCCACCAUUCUGUGAUAACUGUACCAUGAUUUUUAAAGUCAUAAAACAUAAUUUUUGUUUCACGUUUGUACAUGCAUAAUCCCAAUUCUUAUUUCAUUCUCUGGCUGGCAAUUAAAAAGUGAACGACAA